CGCGGCGGGGGCGGAGCGGCGCGCGGGCUCCUGGGUUCCGGGUCUCCCGCUGGCGAUGGCGCCCGGCGGCCUGCGCUGGCUGCGCGGCCUGUGGAUGACGGGGCAGCCUCUGUUCCAGGGCCGUGCGCUGCUCGUCACCAACACGCUGGGCUGCGGCGCGCUCAUGGCGGCCGGGGACGGCGCGCGCCAGUCCUGGGAGAUCCGCGCCCGGCCUGGCCAGAAGUUCGACCCGCGGCGCUCCGCGAGCAUGUUCGCGGUGGGCUGCAGCAUGGGCCCCUUCCUGCACUACUGGUACCUGUGGCUGGACCGCCUGCUGCCCGCGUCUGGCCUCCAGGGCCUCCCCAGCAUCCUCAAGAAGGUCCUGGUGGACCAGCUCGUAGCCUCUCCCAUGCUGGGCGUCUGGUACUUCUUGGGCCUCGGCUGCCUGGAAGGCCAGACGCUGGGUGUCUGCUGCCAGGAGCUGCAGGACAAAUUCUGGGAAUUCUACAAGGCCGACUGGUGCGUGUGGCCCGCUGCGCAGCUGGUGAACUUCCUCUUCGUGCCCCCCCAGUUCCGAGUCACGUACAUCAAUGGCAUGACGCUGGGCUGGGACACAUACCUGUCCUACCUGAAGUACCGGAACCCCGGCCUGUGACAGCCCCCGCCUGCGUGGCCCUGGACACGCGAGAGGACUGGGCUGCCGUUCCCGCGACCCGAUGCCAGAGCGAAGCUGAGCCCCGGCUGGCUAACGCCCCGCCCCGCCCACUGGGGUCGGGCUCCUGCGGCGGCAAGACCCUGGGCCG